UGACAGCUACAUUGUGCGCGUCAAAGCGGUGGUGAUGACCAGAGACGAUUCGAGCGGCGGCUGGUUGGCGCAGGACGGCUGCCUGAGCAGAGUGGGCGUGUGCAGGCUGCUGCCGACCGAACUGCUGGGACGCAACACCUUCCUCAUCCACGGAGAACGCCUCAAAGACAAGCAGGUGAUUCUGGAGUGUUUCUUAAAGAAGGAUCUGGUCUACACGAAGGCCACGCCGACGUUCCACCACUGGAAGGUGGACAACAGAAAGUGUGGUCUGACCUUCCAGAGUCCGGCCGACGCCAGGGCUUUCGACCGCGGGGUGAGGAAGGCCCUCGAGGACCUGACAGAAGGUUCGACCACGUCCUCAUCCACGCUGCAGAACGAGGCGGAGCUCGGCGACGAUGACGUCUUCACGACGGCCACCGACAGCUCGUCCAACUCGUCCCAGAAGAGAGAGCCAGCGAUGCACACACUGGCCCCGCCCAACUUCUGUGAGUCCCGUCGGCACCACUGCAUCCUGGGACAUUUUUACGAGCAGCACCGACCCUCCGAUCACUACUUCCUGGACCAGGCGGUCCACAUGUUCCCUCGUCACGUCAGCUUCCAGGUGGAGGAGGAAGAAAUCGUACGCAUCAACCCCCGCGAGCGCACCUGGCUCACCGGCUACGAAGACUACCGCCACGCCAACUCCACACGUGACAAACUCACCCAGUCCGACAACCUCGACGCCUACGUACAUUUUGCAAAGAGCGAGCCGCCCAAACACGACUACAGCUACCCGUACCCGCUGAGCUGCGACGUGCAGCGAGUCUGUGAUGGCAAACCCAGUUGCCUGGAGCUGGGCAGCGGCCAUAGAGCGGUGGUGACGGUGCAGCCGCGAGCCCUGCAGCCCAAAGGCAAGAGGCGGAAGGAGGACGGUGAGCGCUCGCGCUGCGUUUACUGUCAGGACAUGUUCAACCAUGAGGACAACGGGCGGGGCCGCUGCCAGGAAGCACCUGACCCCAUUCAGACCUGCAUCAGGCGGGUCAGCUUCAUGUGGUGCGCGGACAGCCUGCUGUAUCACUGCAUGUCGGACCCGGAGGGGGAUUACUCGGACCCGUGCUCCUGUGACACCAGUGACGAGCGCUUCUGCCUGCGCUGGGCGGCGCUGGUGGGCCUGUCUCUGCUGGCGCCCUGCAUGUGCUGCUACGCCCCCCUCAGGGCGUGCUACCGCUGCGGCGUAGCCUGCCACUGCUGUGGCGGGAAACACAAAGCUGUGGGCUGAGGCGUCGCAGGCCCCCCGCCCUCCUCACAGCGAGACAGCAAGGACUCGAGGAGGCAGGGAAUCGGAGGCUGCUGUGAUUUUUACUUUGUUUUUUGUUGUUGUUGUUUGUCUCGUCUCCGAUUUCCAGAUGCAGGAGAAAACGAACUUUGUCUCAACAGAUGGAAGAAAAAAAAGGUUCCCUGUUGUUUUUUGUUUUUACGUCUUUUGUGACAUUGGGAACCAAAUAUGGCUUCCAAUUCUCACAAAGACCGAACAAAGAAUAUUAAUUUCUAUAUAGAAUUAUAUAUAUAAAUAUAUAUAUAUAUAUAUAGAUAUAUAUAUAUAUAUAAACAGGUACUUUAUAUUUUUACACUCAUGUGUUUUAAAGGCUUGAAUAUGUCAUUUUUUCAGCGUUGUGUGAGGUCAGUAUGAAUGUUGUGUUUGUAGAGGGAACUGCAGCUGCGAAACAUUUUAACCUAAACGGUGAGUUCAGUUAGAUGAGAUCAAUCUCAUGUCUGUGUAAGGAGUCGGGAUGUAGUUAGCCUAGCUUAGCAUAAGGACUGGAAGCAGGGGGAAACUGCUAGCCAAAGUUCAAAAAUAUAAAAGUUAUCGUGAUGUAGUUUGUUUAAUCUGUAGACAAACAAAAAUAUAAAAAUGUAAAAACAACUAUUUGUGGUUUUAGCCGGACUUACAUCUGCUGUUAGCUAAACAUUAUUACUAGCACACAAACUCUUAAAGCUUGUAAAGAGUUCGUACCUUGAUUUAUAAGAAUUUAAUAGAAGCUUUAAAUAUAUAUAUAUAUAUUUUUUUUUUUUUAAGACCAAAACAAUCAAGUUUGAACAAAUUUAAAAUGACACGCAGGACAACUGUGUGAUACCACACGGGGAAACAUAACGUAAAGGUUAUACUAAAGGUUCAGAAAUUUGCUCUAUAAAUCUCAUUCACAUCUCAUAACUUUCUUAUAAUGAGGGAAACAAACAGAAUUUACCUGUAUUAUAGGGUCAGAGUCCCCCAGACGUCUGGUGAGUACGGACACAUUCGGCUGAUCCAGGUGAUGUGGUCGCUUGUUGAAUCAGUGCUCCUUCCUCACGAAAGUCGGAAAACAUUUUUAAAUUCUGCAGCUGGAUUGCUUAUUUCUCGCAAUCCAGCUGCAGACAGAUAAAGUUAAAUAAGAAAAUUUUACUUAAUCUAUCAAGCCUAUAAAGUUGGACCCUUCUCUGCUGGACCACAAGGCAAACAAAUGGUCACGUUGAACGAAUGAAUUUCAAAUAAAAGUGACAACCCUGCUAACUGUCUCCCCCUGCUUCCAGUCAUAAUGCUAAACUAGGCAAACCAGCUCCGCACCUUUACAAAUAGUUUCAAUCCUCUCAUUAAAUUCUCAGUGAUAAAGCUGUUUCUUUAGCCUCCAGCAGGACUUUUUCUUUAUGAUUUCACAGUUACUCCAGCCGUUAAGAUGAAUGUUUCGCACCGCGUCAGCAGCUGCGGUUCCCCGAUCUUCAGCAGAGGCACUUAACCGGUCUGAAAGCUGCUCUGCUUCCAGCAAACUGAACAGAUAAACCAGUAAGAUGGCAGUUCCCAGUCUCGAAUAGACCAGAAACACAACAAGGUAACAAAUGUUCCUCAGAAGGUUGGAUUUAAAUCUGAUGAACUAGUUUUACGCAGAUUGAUCGUCCAUGUUUGCAGUUAAAUACUAAACACAAUUUGCACAGUUGAACCUCGUUGAAUUAUCUCCUCUAGUCUUGUUGUGUACUGGUCAUACUGGUCUGUCUUUACUGGUUUGUGGUUCGGAAUUUGUUUGAUGAUGAGAACAAAAACUAAAGUAAGAGUAAAGCUAAGACAGAUACUUAAUAUUAGUGUGUGUGUGUGUGUGUGAGGUUCAUCAAGAAUGUAUCUGAGACUGUCUGUUGAAGGGCUGGAUAUCAAAAAUGAUCCUUUUAUUGGUAUAAAUAGAAAGAAAAAUAACUAAAAAGCGUCAGAAUAUUUGAGUCUGACAUUAUAAAUUAACUCUCCACAGAUUUCUUUACUAUUUUUUAACAAAAAAAUCUUUGCCAAAAUGCGACUAGCCUUUAGAAAUGUACCCCCUUAAAAUGAUUUUAAAAAUGUUUUAAAAUUAGUAAAUGUCUUGUUGGUGCUCAGCCGGAGCCUGAAGGGAACUCAAUGAUUUUAUGAAAUGAGCACAAAGUCUGAAAAUGUAGAUAAAGUUUGAGAAAAACUAAUUCAAAUAAAGUCAGAACCUAGAACUAUCGAAAGAUCUACAUACUAACUAUAUUACCUGUUAUAUUAAAUCUGUCUAUCUGUGUCAGAUUAUAUUGUUAGAUUAUUUCCCUGACACCUUCAAUCAAUCAAUCAAUCAAUAAAAUGAAACUGUAUUUCUAUAGCAGCUUUCAUACAGCUCCACAGAUGAUUGAUAAAACGAUAUUGAGACAGAACGGAAUAAAAAUUAAAUCACUUUACAGGUCUAAUGAUAGUAUUUAAUAAAAGCGAUACUUAAACUACUAAACAAAUAAAAUCAAUAAGUGGCGGGUCGGGCAUUAGAGAUCAAUAAAGCAACACACAUCCUCUGAUUACAGAUAAUCAGGAUUGUUUACCUCUUUGGAGGUAAACAAAUGAAUCCAGUCCAAAUAGUCUUAAACCUCCAUUUUAAGAUUUUGUGCUCAUUUCACAGAAACAUGUGAGUGUUUGUUAAAGGUCCAGUGUGUAACAGGAUCUGUUGUCAGGAGUGGAAUAUAAUAUUUAUAGUUUCCAUUAGUGUUUUCACCUGAAUAUAACAACUGUUUGUGUUACCUUAGGAUGAGCCAGAUGUUUCCCGAAGAGUUACUCCGAAGAAACGGACAAACUAAACUGUCUCUAGAUUAGACUUUUUACGAGUUUUGCGUUCACCAGAAAGUGAGGCGAGGUGGUUGUAAUCUGCAACUAGAAGCCACUAAGUCGCACACACUGGUCCUUUAACAUACUGAGGUCUGAACACUGAGUGGAUGCGAUUCUCCCAAAGCUAAAACUAGUGUAAUAAGCUACAGCAGUUCUGUAUAUGGAAACCUCUUCAUCACUACAAAGAACAAAGCGUAUUCGUUCUUUCUUCUUUCAUUUUCUAGUCUCUGUCUUUACUUAACGCUAAGUUUUCUUUUUGUCGCAGGUAAUAAAUUCCAUGAUCAUGUGAAAAACUACUUUUUUCUAAACGGAGAUUACGAACCUAAACGAAGUGCGACCAUUGGCUGUGAUGAAGCAGCUCUCACAGUUUGUCGUGUAACUACAGUUUGUGUCUUAAAGCUGCUGAACAUUUUCCAAACCAUCAGUUCUUAGUUUGAUUUCCCUUCUCCGAGGCGGCCAUUGGUCUCAGCUGAGUUUCUGACGAGCAAGAGGCUUGAAACCAGUUUUUUUUCUGUUGUCUCAGACUCGUUGGUAUUUGCACUCGCACUUGUUUCGGACUUGGCCAUCGGUCUUGGACGACGUGACAGCUCUCGCAGCACGUGACCUCCGCUGGCUGCAAAACACCAACAUGGCAACGACCAUAACGCCGAACUUUAAAACAAACCAAUGGGUGACGUCGCCGGUGGUUCACACUGGGUUAAAACAUGGAAACCACUGGUUUGGUCCUUUAAACGCACAAGAGGAACACUUCAAUCUGUACCAAUGGCUGCCUGGAAGGUGUGAAAUCAAUAAUAAUAAUAAUAUAUAUAAACUAAUGGUUUGAUUUGAAGACAAUGUGUAUUCUACAGUCGACAAGAUACAAAACCACCAAUACUCGUCUGUGUCACAUCUUUAAUUUGAAAAAGAGACUUGAGGCUCAGUGGAGCAGCAAUCAGGAGCGAAGGCCUCUGUUCUAAAGCUGUCGUCCUGUCCGUCCUUCUGUCUGCCUGUCUCACCUCUCUCUCCUGUUCCUGCCGUGUUUCCUGUCAGUCAAGCUUCAUGAUACUGCUGCCAUUCGUUGCGGAGAAGAUUCCCACGUUUACUUUUCUAUCUGUGGCGAGGAAAGUGAACCAAAAGCGGUUUGUCUGUUGGACGCAGCGUCUUCGGCCUGCGUCCACUUCAGCUAUUAAAGGAAAGUGCCUGAAGCCUCCUCUUCAUCUAUGUCCUGAUUUCAGAAAAUAAUUACUGUGUAAAAGAAAAAAAAAAAAAGUAAAGGUUGAAUUCAUUGGUUUGUCUUUUUUAUAUAAUUCACAUUUUUACCUAUGUAAAAAACAGAAUAUAUAUAUGUAUAUGUAUCAAGUGUAUGAUGUACAUUUUCAGUUCUAUUUUUUUAUUGUUUCUAAUAUGAUGGAUGUAAAUCUCUUCUAACAGAAAAAGAGACAAUGCGACGUGUAUAAAUACAAAUACAUC